AUGGGUGUUCUUCGCAUAUACCUCAUUUGCUUGAUAGUUUUUCGUCUGAUUUUUACUGUAAGUACGCUAACUAGACGCAAUCAUGUACAACCUUUAAUAUAUUUGCUGCCGAAAAAGUUUUCAGAUUCUAUUAAACAUUGCGAACAAAGCAUUGCAUACUUUAAAGCAUUUGACGGUACAAUUGUAGUUCAGUUGCUUCUUUCUGUAGUGUAUCAGUAAAGACGCUGCUAGAAACGACUGAGCUGUAUUGACGCUCUGGUUACUCACGUCCACGACUGAAUUUAACCAUAAUCGGUAUAACCUAUUGCUUGUGGCUUUCGUUCUAUUGUCUUAGUUUGUUUAUCCUUAGGAACUGUUGAGAUUCGCAACGUUAAAAUCUAUAAAAUGUUCCUACUUUUGACAGGAGCACGUCAAAAGUUAAAUAAGAAGCAGUCGUCUUGUUGCUUACAGAAUUAGUCGUUAUUAACAGGUGACUUAAUUGUGGACGUACUGUAGUGAAUACACUGGAAUUUCCUUAUCCUAGUAUUUUCCAGCAGAACCAUAACGCUAUUAGACAAUUAGAAUUAAAAAAAGGAAUUUUGUGCUACCUGCUGAAACUCGUUAAUCGGACUCUAAGGCAAAUAUUUUAUAUCAGUUGUCUGCAAAAUAUCUGUUAUGUCUUUAAUAUAUUAAUUCGAAAUCGUUAACUCCUAAGAUAACAAUGUUAUUGUUAUGAGUUACUCUAUUUCUGAUGAACCGUUUUGCUCUGAAAAGGGUCAAAUGAUAUCCUACCCUUAAACAUCGCUUUUUCUUUUAAUGCUCUUUUUAUAGGUUUACUCAAGGUGUGGAGGUGAUGAGUUUACAGUUGUUGAUCACUCAGGCAAAAUUAUCUCUUGUAUAAGGUGUUCUAACUAUACGUGCAAACCAGGCUUUGGGUUGUCUCGUCAAUGUGGAGGUAGAGUUCAACAAACUGAAGCACAGAAAAUUGUUUGUCAACCAUGUGAACUUGGGAAAACAUACUCAAACACCACAGAUUAUGGGUGUUGCAGGCCAUGUCAAAUAUGUCCAGACUCGCAUACAGUAGUGAGAAAAUGUUCUUUGACAGCCAAUUCAGAAUGUAACAGAGACUGUGGGAAAGAGUCCUAUUUUGAUGAAACAACAGGGUCCUGUAGGAAAUGCUCAUUUUGUUGUGAUGGAAAGAACGAAAAAAAAGAUGACUGUAAAGAUAUGCCCUUCUACGAGCAAUGUGAUGCUAAUCUCCCUCUUCAAAUUAUUAAUGCCUGUAAACCGAAAUGUAAACAUAAUCAGUACAUUGUAAUGACCAAGAAUGGUUCACAUUGUGAGAACUGUAAACACUGUCCUCUUGGAACUUCCCCAUCUAUAAAAUGUGGAAGUAUGGUGGAAAAUACUGCUGGCAUUGAAUGUUUAGGAUGUGUGGCAGGUCAGACAUUUUCAGACAAGCUAGACACUGCUUCCUGUAAAACUUGUACUAAAUGUUCUAUUGGACAAAAAGAACUGAUACCAUGUAAUGUGACAAGGGAUAGGGCAUGUGGUGAGUGUGAUAAAGGGUUUUAUAAAGAUCACACUAGUAAUUCAUGCAUGCCAUGUUCAGCAUGCUGUAAUGAUGGCCAAGAUGUUUAUGUUGAAAAAUGUGCAGAACAAAAAAUGCCAUUAAGUCUGCAGUGUAGUUAUACUAGAAGAGCUAUCAGUGUUUGUCAACAAAAGAUACAAGAAAAUACAAAGCUGGAAGACUCCAGAAACUUGUUAGCUGUUUAUAUAGCGGCUGGUGUUACAGUGGGACUUGUGACUUCAAUUCUCAUAAUGCUAUUGUGGAGGUGGAGACAUCAAAGGAACAAGAGGUUGUCAGGAAGCCAUUCACUUGCAAUGCUACUUGCCUCUGAAGAAGAACAAGAAGACGAAGGUUACUAUAUUAUUUUAUUAUUCAUCCAACUAAAUAUUUUGCCUUUUUUUAUAGGUUUGAAGCGCCCAACCACCGUUGGCGAAAUUUAAUGGUAUAUUUAAUGGUAUAUUUUCUUGAAAAUGAGGUUGAGCAAUGGAACAUUUGCCUGGAAACAAGGCCUUCACCUCAGUGGAUAACAUUCCCUGGAUUUGCAUAAUUCUUGACAUCUUACACAGCCUCAUUCGAUAUAAUUGCUAAAUAUACUUCAUAUAUAAUGACAUGCAUAUUGUCCACACCAUUCUCUGAAUAUUCUUUGAGAUUAUUACAAGAAAAAAAUUGAUAAGAAACCAUGACAUUUUUCCUUGGCAAUCAUUUCCUUUACUCCUAUAACCUUGUGCCCCAUUCACAUCAAAGCUUAAACAUUUUUAAAAGCUGUUUAGUUAAACACGGUAUAAAAUUGUUUCCUUCAUAAAAUCUGCUUACUGACUUAAGUUAUUUGCAAAUUUAGUGGCUUAGGGGAGGGGUAGGUAGGCAGUUUCCAAGAAACGUAUAAAGAUCCUUUUAGGAUUACAAGGUACAAAAAUAGCAAUGAUAAAAGGUCUAAUCAGGUGGGGUGCUGCAGAAACUUCAACUCUAAAAUGUAGAGACAGCUUUUUAUGGUGUUAUGGCUGCUUAUGUUUAAAAUUCAAAUCAAAUACGCGCAGAUUGCCCAAUGACCAUGAAAAUCCCAGUCUGCAUGCUUAACAACCCAAUUUAAUAAUUAAACUAUGAAUCAGGGAACACACAAAAGAAGUAUUGAUGAUCAGUACGGUGCUUAGAUGUCCCCUACCUUUGUUUAAAUCCCUAUUGUGGAAUUUAUACUACUGACAUCCAUCUCAUAUAUUGUUUGUUAUUUUCUAUCAUAGCAACGAGCCAUUCAGCCAUGAAACUUGAGGAUCCAACAGUAAAUGUUUCACAGGAGACUUUAUCCUUUGAAAAAUGUGGAGUCUUACUACAGUUCAAUGAUCCAGAUAGCUUCUUUAAUGAUGCUCAACAGAUAAGAGUAGAAAUAUGUUGGGAUCAAACUUCUUUUCCUGCUUUGAAUCAAGAUGAAGUGCAACUCAGUCCCAUUAUUAAGUUUCACCCUUAUGGUGUCAGACUCUCCAAGCCUGUGCAGAUUAGAAUACCGCACAGUGCACUGGUAUUUUAUACUCACGGCUGGAAAAUAAAACUCAAAAGUUCAGCAUUUGAAAAUGGAAUAAAUGUAUGGAAGGAUGAGGAAGUAGAUGAAAUAAGUAACAAUGAUGUUUGCCGCCAUGUGGAUUGUCUCCUAUCCUAUGUUGUUGUUGGUACACCAGCAUUCAAUUCCAAACCAAACAAAAAGCGUUUCAAGUGUGCAAUCUUUGGUGGUGAAGGCAAAGUUGGUGAGAACUAUACAGCAUAUCUGUAUGUGUUUGAUGACUGUGAAGCAUCACUUGAGGUAACUACUUGUCCGUGGCUUAGCUAACAGUCUCUGAAACGAAGUGGUAAACAAAGGCUGUCUAAGUAUUCCUGUUUUGCAGGAAUGCUUCAGAUUCACUUGCAUCCCUCUAGUAAAUAAAUGCAUGAACUGAGGAAAACUAUCUCAUUAAUUCCGGGAAGGUUGGUUAAGAGUACUAUAAUACAGUACCCCUCUCUCCUUCUCCCAUCUCCCCCCCCCUAACGCUAUGAUUAUAAUGAUCACAACAACCCAACAAUCCAACAUGUGUUACAAAAAAGAAAGAGGCCUUUUUUCCAGCUUGUUAUAUGUAGACUCCAUACAAAACAUACUGUCUGUCCUUUAAGAGUUUUUCCAUAAAUCAAUGUAAACAAAAAUAAAUCUUUAUUGUAUUUCGCAUUAUCUCAUUCCAUUUUCAGAAAAUAAUGGAGGAAGAAAAGUUCAACAACAGGAUUCUUCUGGGAUCUCUUCAGUCUUUGUACAUUGAGACUUUACUAGACACUGAUAUCAAGAUUUCUGUUAAACAACUUGUUGAGGGAUGGAAGGAAGCAUGCAUAAAUCCACAGGUUAUUACUCUAAAAUGAGUCCUAAAAAUAAUAUUAAUUGUAUUACUGGUAUAUACUAUUGUACUACUCAUAACUAGAUUACUUCCAUUUUGGUGCUGACAGGUGUAUAGAACAGCCAACAAGAAAUAAUGGUGAUAAUGAAAAUACUGAUACACGAGUCUACAAGGGCAGGGCUUUCAAUAGGAUUUGAAGUAGGUGUCUGUCCAACCUUUAAGAAGGCAGCUGUGACAAAUGCAGGGGCCAUAAACUGGGGAGGAAAAAGCAGCAAAUGGAAGGCAAAUUAAGUGGCUACAAAUUCCAAAGUAGGCAGUGAUCAACUGCCAGAUACCGGCUUCUGUUGAGAAGCCUGCAGAUUAUUUAAUGUUUUCGUACAUUAUCGAUUCAGACUAUACUAUUUAUGUUUUUAAACAGGUGAUAACACACAAAAGUUUGAAAGAAUCCUACAAAACAAUACCAAGAUCAGAGAUAUUGUUUGGGCAUGAUGAUGGUAGAAACCGAGAUUUUCACUGCACUCUUGAACUAACAGCAGACAACACAACAACAAAACUUUCUGCAGUGGCUUCAAUCAAAGAUGUGAGUUUCACUUUAGUUUAAUCUGAAGUUUUGAGUGAAUAUUUCCCCAAUCCUAUGGAAAAAGGAACCAAAUCCAGGCUGGGGUUGAUAACAUAACGUGAUAUGUAUGAAACUGUCCACACAAAGCUUGAACUAAUUAUUUUAUAGCAGUUUACACUGGAGUGAAAUUAAGCAGGAAAGGCCUACAUGAAACAAAAAUAAUAUCAGUAUACAUUAUGGGAUUAAUGGAGAGAAAUGCAGGUAUUUACAUCUAUAAUAUGUAACUUUAAAAUUACUUUGAAUGUUCUGCAGGACCCAUUUAGGAGAUACAGAUACCAAGAGAGCAACCAAGGGCUUGGCCAUAAUGACCUAAUGGUAACUGGGAGAAAUCUUUGUGGUAAGCUGUUUCUGCAUACAUAGAUACAGUCGACUCCCGUUAACUUGAACACUCUGUAACUCGAACCUCCUGCUAACUCGAAGCAAUUUUCACUUCCCUUUAGAUCAUUUUCUCUGUAAUUUUACCCUCGAUAACUCUAACUUUUUUCCAUUUCCCUUGAAGGUUUGAAUUAUCAGGAGUCGACUGUAGAUUUUUACUACAACAUUAGCCAACCUUUAACACCACACUACACUACACUGCACCACAAACAUGGUAUAAAAUAUUAUGGACUAAGUUUGCUUACAACCUGGGCUUCUGCAGUUGGGUCCUUAUCACUUAAAUAUACAAUAUAAAUUUUUUUUAAGUCAUUUGAAUUCAAAAUUAUAACUAAAUUAAUAUAAAAUGGUUAAAGCUUAAUAUUAUUAAACAAAGUAGUGUCAUAUUAAAAUAGUUUCCCCUGUUGUGUGAUCAGUUUGACACAAAAUCUGAGUAACCAGCAGGGGCCGGUUGCUCGAAGCCUGGUUAGCGCUAACCGUUGGUUAAGAGGUAUCAAAUUGUAUAGGUUUCCAUGGUAUUUAACGCUGGUUAGCACUAACCAUGCUUCGAGCAACCCGGGCCAGGAAACUUACAACUGAUGCUAAUCUUGUAGAUCCCUUGAUCACUGAUGAGGGCAGACCAUCAAUUUGCUUCCAUGAACUUCCAAAGGAGGUCCUACAAGCUGUUGCCAAGAAACUGGACUUGUCAUUCAGAGGUGUGGGAAACUGGAGACAUGUUGCAGUACACCUAGGCUUCACAGAAAAGGAGAUUGAUGACUUUAGAGCAGAAUUGUUGACUCCUGAUGGCAGUCCAUGCACAGUGAUGCUUAAUGCUCUUCAAGCAAAGCAGCAAAAUUUUACUGUAGCUCAGUUCGUACACAUUCUUCAAACUCGCAAAAUUAAGCGAUUUGAUGUGGUCAAUAUCCUAGAGCCUUAUGUGUACGAGCUCAUUUCGAGUUUUUCUGAAGAAUAAGAACUUUCUUAACUGACUGAUGAAGGAUAAGUUGAACAAAAAGAGCAUCAAUAAUUACACAAAAAUAGCCUACACAUAAAAAAAUAAUACAACGGAAACAGGGUUCCCUGCACUGUAAUUCAAUUGAGACAACACUGUAUAUUUUGUCUCAUCUCCUGGCAUGUAAGAAGACAUAAUAGGUGGGAAAAUAAAAAAAAUACAUGCAUGGUUCAACUUUAAACCCUUGAGAGUGUACAAAGUUUGGUUAGGUUUAUCGGUUUGGACAUAUUGACUGGAAAAGUGUAUUUGACAGAUCUGUGUUAUAUUAUUAUAAGCACCAUGACAUAGGGAUCUAUAUCUACUAGAAGCAUAAACCAAAGUAGGCCAAAGAUCAUUUUUAUCUACUUUGGAGGUAACAACUGCAGGAAUAAACUUAAUUGAACUAGAAGUGAGACUGUUAUUCGGCUUACUUUUUAAACACAAUUUUCAAUCAAGAAAUCUGGAGUGGUUUCCAUUUCAUCUUUUUUGUAUUAAUAAGUCCAAUUUCUUUUGGUUUACCAAUUUUAUGUAAAAUAUCACAAUAUCUCCCUGACAAACAGUGAGUUGUGAGUUGUGAGUUGAGGUUCCUGUUUGAAAACUGAUUUUAUCACUUAUUUCUCCUUGUCAUCAAAAUUAUACUAUAACUGAAAUAAGUCCCGUAGAGGCCAUUUUUCACAUUAAUGUGCAUCAAUAAUGGAAUCAAGGCUGCUUUGUGGGCAAAUAAAGUUAUACUUAUACUAUUAUUAGCUGUCAUACUUCCUGUGUUGUGAACUUAUACUUAAUGCAUAAAAUUUUCCACGCCACCUCCUUCAUACACAACCCAUAGUUCAAAAUCAAUGACAAUACGGGGAAAUUAAAUAGUAUUGCACAAAGAGCAUUCCCGUAAAAGCUGAGAAAAGGGCAUGAAGGUGACGAGAGAGUGUCAGAGGGGUCCCUGUACCCCACCCCCUGGCCCCUUUUUAGCCUCAAAACCUUAAUAUCAGAGCAAAUUCUCCAUGAUUUCCGUGUCUACUUUGCCUCUCAUAUCACAUCAAGUUUUGGUAAUUCGAACCCUGUUCCAGUCCCAUUCUCACAUUUUUAAAAGCUCAAUAAAUUUUCUGAUGUAUUCCUCUUCCUUAAGCAAAGCACCAAGCUUUCUGAGAAAUAUCCACUUUUUAGCAUUAAACAAGCGAAUCUGACAAUUUUUAAAGCAGAUUUUGUCACCUGAUUUUACAUUUUAAUGUCACCUGAUUUUGCAUUUUAAUGUAAAAUCAGGUGACAAAAUAAGCAAAAGGCGGUGUUUAGGUUUUUUGAUUAAUUAUAUAAACAAUUAUUGGAUGAGGUUUUUGUGAUAUCCAGAAUAAUCAAGGUCGAGGUAGGGAUAACCCUCACCGAGAUCUUGAUUAUUCUGGAUAUCACAAAAACCGAAUCAAAUAAUUGUUUUAUUAUACAUUGAACGAAUUCUUUCUUUCUCGCUUCAACAUAAAAUGUUUUUCCUCUUUCACGUAAUCGGCAAACAGCUCCUUUGCCACCUUCGGCGACCUUUUUGUGUUUUGUGAGUUCCAACUUUUUUUUCGAUGUCUUGCUCGGUCAACGAAGCAAACCUGGAAGUUAUCUGUUUGCUUCUUCUUCUAGAAAUCAUGCACCGCGGUCUUACAUGACAUGAUUACCCGUGACCUUGAGUGUCCUUGACAUGAUUAUUGUAUAAACUGCAGCAAGAUGACGUCCCAGGCGCUGAUUUCGAAAAUUCACUGUACGCUUUCGGCCAAUCAGAAAAGAGAUAGUGAGUUGAAUGUUUAAUAACAGAAGUAAUACUAAUAGUUGGGCGCCACGAAUUCUCCCAUUUAUGGUCGGAUGAAUGGCAAAAUUAUCGUAGUGAUGCACUAUCCGCAGGAUGUUUACAUUCACCAUGGAAUGGGAUGAUCCAAAACAUGUCUAAGCAAAGUUUGUCUGAUAGUUACCUCUUCUUCUUCCAUCUGCCAAGUGUGCAUUCGAAAGUAGGGAAUUCCCCGCACCAUUCACUGGGCCGCGCGAUGUUAUUGCGUAGUUGAUUUAUGUGGACAAUCUCUCGAGAUCCUGAACGACUCCCGGCGAUUCAAAAUGAGUAUAAGCCUUUGCUAGAGCGAUAGAACUGAAAAGAAUGUGCAAAUCAUAACUUCCAUUGGCUGACUUGAUGAUCUAUGAACAAGAUGGCUGUUCGCCUGACUUCGCGCCAAAUUCCCGCCAUUCUAAAUUUGUCGCGGGGUUCUCAUGUGACAAGAGAACUCGGCGGACUUUGUACUUGCACGCUUGCGUGAACAAAGAAACCUUCGCUCAUUGGCCAAUGAGAUGACCUCUACUACCAAUCAACGUCAUGUAAACUGACUUGCCAGCUAUAAAUACCUUCUUUCAUCAAGUCGUUUUACACCUAGCCUUACUCACGGUAACGCGAGGUGUUUCGCUUUGCGAUAUCUUUCCACGUUAUAACUUCUACUUAGCUUCAAAUCCCGUUGGAGUCGCAAAACGAACAGCAACUAGCUUAUCAUGCAAGAUGGAGAGUUAUCUAACGUCCUUUGCAAGUGUAAGCUUCUAGCAUACCCCUUACAUCUUCGUUCCGUUGACUUUUACGUUUUGAAGAAGGAACGCGUCGGAAAUGGUAAGUUAAAUUUUCAGCGAUUAUUUCGUUUACAAAUUUCUCGUAGUGUCCUCCUCACCCUUUUUAGUAUUAAUAUUUCAGAAAUGAUGAAGCCGUGAUCCUUCUUGCCUUUUGCGAACAUUGUUUCGAAUCCCUAAUCAGCUCAUAACUUAUUUCACUUGUAGGUGGUUAACGAAUCGCAAAUUAAGCGACGAAGAAAUCCUUAUUUAUCGUUUUCGCUUUAUCGUAAGGUGAGUUAAGUUCAUUUUUUAAAAUGUGUUUUAGGUUAACCAUGACCAUACAUAACAGGUGUAGCUACGUAGUUCUGCGUAAUAUUCUACAACCGGAGAGAUUGUGCUGAGCAAUCGUAUAUUAUCAAAGAAAGCUCACUUACGUGGUUUUUAGUUCUAAAAAGUCCGACAAAGGUCAGAAAAGAGGAUUGCUGAAUGAUCUUACUAAUGAAUUCGAUUUAAAUUUCAUUCCAGUAACCCUGAUUUUUUUAAAACUAAGUUUCUACGUUGUAAACGAUUUUAAGCAAUGGAAUGUGCAACGUAGUUAAGAAAAGUUCGUUAAUGACGUUGAUCUCAAUAACCUCAUUUUUCACUCCCUGAUAGUCUUCACUCUUCACAAGUGUACGUACGCGAUACACUUGACGUUAAAUAGUAAUAGUUUGAGGCAGUAUCUUUCUUAAAAAGGCUUCUCCAUUCACGCUUUACCUGUAGCAUUGCUCAUUCACAGUUGCGUCAUCUUGUUUGUUUUGAUAUGCAAAUUAUCUGACCGACUGUGUUGGUAUUUAUUUUGAUCGGCCUUUUUUUAAAAAUUAAUUAUGCGUAAUCUUUGAUCAUGCUCAGAGAGAGCGUGACGGAACAAAAGAUUAUUUGUCAUUCAUCUAUAUUCAAUAAUAAUCGUAAUAUGCUGUCUUAGAGACAGUCAUCCAAUGUAAGUAACACUUUAUUCUGGAUUUUGGAAUGAACGAUCUCAAAAUUCAGGUUUAUUUUAAUUCCUAUUUUUGAUUUAAUAUGGGCUUUGCUUUUUGCAGGCAUUGUUGGCAUUACUUAUUUUCGUGGAGUUACAUGUAGAUGUGCCUCAUGUCAGUGUAAGUGUCUUGUUUGCUCCUUUUUUUUUCAACCAGAAUUGAAACAACUAAUAUCAAGUCACUAUACUUUGCAUGAAUGCGACUUACAUGUAUGCAGUUGCAAAAAAGCCUGAAAAAAAAAUCAGGCAAAUAGUGUAUCUAUAACUGUGAUGACCUUUGCAUUUUUUUCUUCCCUCUGUGCCUCCAAUAAUGAAAGUCAUAAAUUCAUUCUUUCAGUGUACUUUGUUGGGGUUGCAUACACAUUUGAUGGUAAAGUUAACAUGCUUUAGAGUUCUAAAUAUCAUUUUCACAGCAACAAGAGUGUAUACAGCUCACUGUUAGGGGUUACAUCAAGCUUAAUAAAGAUUUUUAUAAUUUUCCUGCAGGCAACAAAUCGAUGCACUGAAUUUCAGUUUUUGGUGCUUUAUGCAGAUGGCGCAACUUCAUGUGUCGAUUGUGAAAGCUGCCCACCUGGUCAAGGGCUUUCACAUGAAUGUGGAACAAAAAUAUCAUCAAGUGAAAUGGUUCAUUGCAUACCAUGCAUUCAAGGCAGUUCAUUCUCCACCAAUUAUGAUACUUUGAGCUGUAUUCCUUGCAGUGCGUCCUGUUCAGAAGAUCAGUUGGUUAAUCAAACUUGCACGACAACAUCAGAUGUCAAAUGUGCACAACAGUGUAACAGCAAGGACAGGUAUUUUUCCUGCAAAUUUAAAAAACGGAGGCUGAACUUUAAUCAAAAUUAACACUUCCUUAAUAGCAUUUCUAGUUAUUUAUUACUUCUAUGAAGACUGUCAAUCUCACAUACAAUCAGUUGUUUUUGUCUUGGCGUACCAAUCCUUUUGCAGUUUGAAUUAUCUGGCAUACCUACAGUGUUCUCAGCUGUUCUACUUAGGUCUGUUGUACCACAGUUUAAUGAAUACAAUGUAUGUAACCUCUUUGUUCUUGUGGAUGUUGCUUAUAACUCAAUAUAAUUACCAUUGGUAUGUUUACAAGUAGAAUUGUACUUUUUUGUUGCAAAUGACAGCUUGCUUAAUCAGGGUUAGCUUUAGUUUAUCUUGUGCUCAAAAUGAAACUGACAUGUGCAUAAGAACCUGUCUAUAUAUAUAGCUAGUGGUAAGAGGUUGAAAAUGAUCACUUUUAAAUUUUAUUCACUUUUAUAGUUGCCAUAGUUUUCUAGCUUUAUGUUGUUUUAACUUUACAGGUACUAUGAUGAGGUAAUUGGUGACUGCAAACAAUGUUCAAAGUGCUGUGGAGAUGAUCAAGAUGUUAUCGAAGAGGAAUGUGAAAGGAAAAUGGGGGCUGCUUCAAACAUGAUCUGCUCUUUUGAAAGCAGUGUAAAUCGGUGUGACAGAGAUACUGAUACUCUAACACCAUCACCACAAGAAACCACAGCAUCUCAAACUGAGGCAAAUGCAAGUGCAUCCCCUGAGAAUACCACAGAAUCCAAAAACGCAUCAACAGCAGCAUCUUUGGACAAAACAACAGCAUCUCAAAAAGAUAGACCAACAGAGUCUCCAAAAGUGACCACUGUCAUUCAGAGCACCCCUUUUCCUGCCCAUUUUACACAAAAUGUAACAGGCACCUUUACAUCAUCUGGAGAAAUAAGGAGUUUGCAGGAUUCAUCUAAAGCAAAGCCUGCCGACAACCAAGUUGGAUUAAUUGUUGGUAUAACCGUGGCUGUGGUAUUGGGUCUAGUAUCCUUGGCUGCUUUAAUUAGUUAUUGCUUAUUGCCAAGGUCAUGCUCUAGCUCUCUUCAGCUCAAAAAUACUGAUGCAGAAAAAGGAGUGAAGUAUCAUUUAGUAAAGGAUACUGCAGCUUGUGCAGUGGCCAGGAAAGGUAAGUGUGUGUGUGUGUGUGUGUGUGUGUGUGUGUGUUGAGUUGCGAUUACUGCAUGUAUAAUAACCUAGAACUGCAAUAGUGACCAAAAUGGCAGGUUUCAAGGUAUUCAAUCCUUCAGAUGUUGAAGAGAGCCAUUUGAAAUGUUGAAUAGCAGCCAUUUUGAUUCUUUAAGUCUUUCUUUAAAUCUGCACCGUGUCUUUUUUUUUCGGCCGGCCAAUAUUGAAUGCCCGGUGACCAUUUUAUAAUUUUAGGUCAUCACUGUAACCAGAAAAUUUUGGUGCAAUAUGGUGUGAGGUUAAAAGAGCUGCACGUACAGUAAAUCAUUUCUAGGGAAAGAUCAAAUUAUCAAAUGCACAUUUACUAUUCCAGUUUCAACUAGUGAUAUGAACAACCUGGGUUUGGGUGGUAAUUCUAUAACAAGAGCAAUAAUUAAACUACAAAAGAAGGAGUAAGCAACAUUUUUCUAAACCUAUACGUCAUCGUUUUUUAAAGUUUGUUGUUAAUGUACAUAUAAAUACCCAUGCACAUAUUUCAGCAUUGUGUAUUGGUAAAAUUUGUUGCUAGUGAAUCCAUGAGUUAAUUGUUUUUUCAGGAGACCAUACUAGAGAGAAAAAGCCUGGCAUGGUAAAGGGGACACAAUCAAAAUCAGAAUCAAGUGAAACACUGUGUGAGAAGGUACAUAAAUUGUAACUUAACAAGUCUUCUACUAUGAACAUUACAUAGGUAAUUAUGAAAAGGAAAAACAAAAUAGAUGUAGUAUCUAACAAGCGUGCUACUAAAUUAAUGAAGGAAAAAAGGUCAAUUAUCUAUUAAUUACUUAACAAACUUGUAGCUCUUCAUUCAUUUGUGGUCGAGAAAGCAAUAAUGUCUGUCACUCUAUAGUUAACCUUUAAGUCAUUUAUCCUGAACAGUUUAAUGAGUGCAAGGGUCUCAUUGAAUUUGCCAUAAAAUAUUAUUAUAAAUUUAUGCUCUCUAUCUGUUAUUUCAAUUUUACAGAAUCCAAAAGGUCUAGUAUGUGUUUGUCAGACGUCCACUCCGAAAGGUACAGCUACUUCAUUAAUCAAUCCCCAUGAGGGCUAUCGAAACAAAGUUUGAUGCAAAAAGCUGGACAAUUUAGUUAUUACUUGGAAUUAUACUUAAGUUGACAGUUGCUUACCCUCAAACCUCAACCCUGUUAUGUUUUUCGGCAAGUUAUUACAUUACAUUACAUAAUGAGACUAAUGGUCGGGGUGUGGAAUAUAGAGAGACUAUUACCCUUCCUUAAGGCGUGAAUCUGCUUUUACUAGUCAAGAAACUUAACUUUCUAAAACAGGUGCAGGGCUGUUGCUAACAUUUCAAGUUGCUGGGUGUAUGUGAUUAGUAGCCAGGGAAAAUCCACGGCCCCCGCGUCUUAGUGACAGCCCUGCAGGUGUGAUUCUAAUACGUGUUGACAUUCGGUACAUUCACUAUUUGUGAUUGUUGCUUUUAGCGUCCAAGCUGCUGGCAAGCCUAUUUAACGAUGAAGACACCCUUCAAGCGGUCUGUGAAAUGCUAGACACUGUUGUACCCUUGCGUGGUGACUAUAGAGAUGUGGCUCGGCAUUUUAAAUUUAACCGUUUUCAGAUAAGUGCAAGACUUGAACAUGCAACUUAUCCGGGAGAACCAACACGAACCAAAGCACUGAUUAUUGCACUUGCAUCUUCCCAUCCAGACCUAACAGUUGAGGAGUUUGCAAAUGUAGUGGAAAGGAAAGCCAAGAGAAAAGACGUCAGUCGUCUGUUGAGGGCCUAUGACAUGGCAGAAGAGGCUCCUGAAGAACUAUAA